UAUUUGAUAGAGUAACUCAAGUUAUCCAUCAAUUCCCGCCAGAGCUCCGCCAUAGCUCGCGCCACUGCUCCGGCGAGUCACCGGCCACCGGAGAUAACGAUGCUUCAGUGCCACUUUACGGCUAGCCGAAUUACGCCGUUUAUUACUUGUCAGCUCUCUACCAGCUCAGUGCGCACUCGUUCCUCUCCUUCGCCGCCGUCACCACUCCCGCCACCACUGCUGUCUUUCGCUGCAAAAUCAACUCCCGACUCAGUAUCCUCACCAGCAUGCGCACUUCAGUGCACUCACUUUCAAUCGUGCUCCGGAUGCACACACGAGUUCGACCUCCACCGGCCGGUCAUCGUUGAGGAGGCGACUCAAUUCUUCAACGAUCUUGGAGUAUCAGAUUUUACGUUUGAUAGUUGCAAACUGUGGGGAUGGAGGUGCCGUGCAAAAUUGGCGGUUCGUGGCUCGUCCACAAGCCCUAUGAUCGGGCUCUAUCAAGAGGGAACUCAUAAUGUUGUGGAUAUUCCUGAUUGCAAAGCUCAUCACCCCAAUAUAAAUGCGGCAGUUGAAUUGUUAAAACAAGGUAUCACUGAAUUCGACAUAGUGCCUUAUGAUGAAGAUCAGGGGACUGGUGACUUGCGAUAUGUUCAGAUGGCCGUGACAACGUAUAGCACAUCCCUUCCAUCCUCAGAAAGAUACGAAAAUGGUAAGAUUCAAAUAGCAUUAGUUUGGAAUUCGAGGAGUGAAACUUCACAGAAUUCUGACAAGCUAAAUGCUUUAGCCAAUUUUUUAUGGAAGAAUGGUGGUAUCCGGAGUAACACUCAUCUAGUUCAUUCUGUGUGGGCAAAUUUUCAAACAUCAACAAACAAUGUAAUAUUUGGCAAUAGAUGGAGGCAUCUUUUAGGCGAAAGAGAUUUUUGGGAACAUGUUGGAGGAAUAGACAUUUGUCUGACUCCAUCGAGUUUUGGCCAAGCAAAUACCCAGGCUUUUGAUAGUUUGCUCCGAAAGUUGCAGAAGUAUGUUCCUUAUGGGGCAUCAGUUGCUGAUUUGUAUGCAGGAGCUGGUGUAAUUGGAUUAUCACUAGCUGCCACAAGGAAAUGCAGAUCUGUCAAGUGUGUUGAGGUCAACAAAGAAUCUAAGCUAUCAUUUGAGAAGACGAUUGAACGUCUGCCAGAUCGAGUUAAUAGCAGUAUCAGCUGGCACCAUGCAGACACGUCGAAAGAGCCUCUUACUUGGAUUGUGGGAUCAGAUGUGGUUAUUGUGGAUCCUCCAAGAAAAGGUUUGGAUGCACCACUUGCUGAUAUGUUGCGAGAUAUAUCAUCAUUAAAACGUAAAGUGAAGUCAUUAUCUAAAAGCCCACAUUUGAUGGAUAAGAAAGAUGAAAAAAGGCCAUGGGUGUUACGUGCAAGAGAAGAAACUGUCCAAAUCGGGAGUACAGAUUUAGAACCUAAUCAAUCCCUGCCUCAGACCCUUAUUUAUAUAAGCUGUGGAUGGGAAAGCUUCAAGGAGGAUUGCAAAAUGUUACUGUCUAGCAAGGCGUGGCAUUUGGAGAAGGCUCAUGGUUUUAAUUUCUUUCCUGGCACUCAGAGUAUUGAGGUUUUGGCCAUUUUCAAGCGGGGUCAAGGAGUUCCCCAGAAGAAAAAGAAAGUGGUGAAGAAGAAAAAGAAACGGCUGUGAGAGAAUCCUAUCACUAUAUUAGGUAGAAGCUUCAAGCAUACCUGGUUAGAGUACCAUCAAAACAUUAUACACUGUCUCGAGAAAAGUGUAUAAUGAAGUUGUAGAGGACCAACAAAAUUCUUAGAGGUUUUUUUCUUUAGUGCUUUUGUGGGUGUUAAGUGACUCGUUCCAUUUUCCAGAAACGGGUAUUUAAAGUGUAAAGCCAUGACUUAAUAAUAAUCCCCAUUUGGCUGAAGAUAACUA